AUGUCCGUCCUCGCCUGCCUUCGUCGCCCACCACAAUUCACACGCGCAUGGACAGUUGCGCGAACGUACGCCAAGAAGGUCGAGGCGGCCGCACCUCCGCGGAAGGUUGUCAUUCCUCAAGUGCCCGAGGGCGCGCUGUCAACAUGUAGACCGAAUACGCCAUUAGUCGGAGUCAAUUACUUGAAAGACCAGGAAGAGGUUCUUGCGCUACCGGACGAGGAGUAUCCGCCCUGGUUAUGGGACCUGCUCAAGCCAAAGCAGUUGCCAGAUGACGGUCCAGACACAAUAAGGGUCUUUACAUGUCAUGGAGGUGGUUAUAGUACGCUCUGA